GCCACAAAGAGAAGCGUGUAUUCCUAGAGCGUCGACGGAAAAGGCUUCUUGGUGUCCCGGAAGUGGAAUCCCGGCAGCGCGGGAGCGACGGUUGAGGCGAGGAAGGAGCCCGUGGGGAGCCAGGAUGACCACCAGCCAGAAGCACCGGGACUUUGUGGCCGAGCCCAUGGGGGAGAAGCCCGUGGGGACGCUGGCCGGCAUCGGAGACGUCCUGGGCAAGAAGCUGGAGGACAAAGGCUUCGACAAGAGAUGGAUGGUGCUGGGCCAGUUCCUGGUGCUGAAGAAGGACGAGGACCUCUUCCGGGAGUGGCUGAAGGACACCUGCGGGGCCAACGCCAAACAAUCCCGGGACUGUUACGGCUGCCUGCGGGAGUGGUGCGAUGCCUUCUUGUGAGACCCCCCCCCGACCCCCGUCUCCUGCCAAGGCCGCCAUCUUUCUUUUUUUGGGUCGGCGCUAGAGAUCUGACCACCUCCCUCCUCUUCUCCUUGAAAGAAAACCACCCGGUUCUCCGUUCCUUUCUGGUUUUGAGAGAUAUGUCUUUGUAACGUUUUCUCCCCGCACCGAUUUUUAUAAGCCCCCCCCCCCCCUGCUUUUCAGCAACGGCAGGGGGGGUCACGAGAAAUCAUUGUCGUGUUUUUAAAACAAUAAAAAUCAGCUGUGUGUUGUUUUUUGCUCA